AUGCCAAGCAAUCAUCUUCUCUUUAGUCGGUACGAAAAGCUGUCCAAGAUUGGCGAGGGCGCCUAUGGUAUGGUUUUUAAAUGUCUAGACACACAGACUGGUGAUAUGGUGGCCGUGAAGCGUUUUAAUGCCACAGAUGAUGAUCCCUUAGUGAAGAAGAUUGCCCUUCGAGAGAUUAAGAUGCUUAAGAGGUUGAAACAUCCCAAUUUGGUGAACUUGAUAGAAGUAUUUCGACGGAAAAAAAAACUACAUCUGGUCUUUCAGUAUAUCGACCACAGCCUCCUUCACGAACUUGACAGUCAAGGUCCAAAUGGCAUUGAUAGAAACAAAAUCGUGCGAAUCACUUGGCAAAUUCUCCUGGGCAUUAAUUUUUGUCAUCAAUCCAACUGCAUUCACAGAGAUAUAAAGCCAGAAAAUAUUCUCAUCAAUGCACAAGGGGACGUAAAAUUAUGCGACUUCGGAUUUGCUAGAUUUAUAGCUGACGCGGGGGACACCUACACUGAUUACGUGGCAACACGGUGGUAUCGUUCCCCGGAGCUUCUGGUAGGGGACAAGCAUUAUGGGCCUCCAGUGGAUAUUUGGGCUGUGGGCUGCGUCUUUGCAGAGAUGCUCACACGUCUGCCACUGUGGCCGGGCCGGUCGGAUCUCGAUCAAAUCUACCUUAUCACAAAAAAUCUUGGGAAUUUACUACCCCAGCAACAAAAGACGUUUUUAACCAAUAGUUAUUUCACUGGCGUUGUUCUACCCCGACCGCAAAUCAUUGAGCCCCUGGAAGUUAAGUUCGAAGGAAUGAGGCCAAAAAUCACGCCAGCUGAGUUAGAGGUAUUAAGGUCUUGCCUUGUGAUGGAUCCAAACGGUCGAAGCACCUGUAGCGCCCUUCUUCAACUCCUCUACUUUGAAAAGAUCCGAAGCCCCGACGCCUCCUCCAAGGAGCACUCCUUGCAAAUCGAUGUACCUGAUGAAGCAUCUGUUCAACGACCCUCUUCAAAAAAUACCGAAGCGGCUAUAAUCUGUCUCGAUGGGUUGUCAUUGCAGAAUCUAAGUGGAAAGGUUAGGAGAAAUGAGAAGGCCACUGGACAGACGGGAGUUUCACAGUCCAACUUGACGGAGCCUCAUGGCCAGAACGCAUCCACGCAUCACACCUUCGUGAGAGCUGAUCAACGCAAACUUGACCGCAGUACGUGUUCUUUGGCGAACAAGGAAACCUCCAUGAAGCUUCAACCUACGACAUUUCCAUGGCUCAGUGGAAGUUGUGCACAACUGAACCGGCGUUCCAGCGGUGAUCAGAGCCAUAAUUCAUCACCAAAUACUGCCAUGACUGGUAUCCAGCUGGAUUUACUCUCUACACAACCACAGAGGCGUUUCCAGGGCUCGACGACAACCAAUAUGGCGGUGCUAAUGCGAAGUGGUCAUCUGACGCCCGCUUGGCCAACAGCCCAUCGCACGCCGAGUGCCGAUCCAAAGCAUUGA